AUGAUACCAAUCAUUUAUUACGUGUGCAUUGUCUCCUUGGCACCACAUUGUACUACUGAUCCUCAGAACAGUUCUGCAAGCCCCUGGGGAAGGUGCGCAGGAGACUGUGGACCAGGAGGAGUCCAGAGUCGUGCACUGUGGUGUUUCCACUUGGAAGGGUGGACGAGUCACGUCUCUAACUGUGAUGAGAACAGCAGGCCUCCAAAGGAAAGAAGCUGCUUCCGAGUCUGUGACUGGCACAGUGACCUCUUCCAGUGGGAGGUCUCUGACUGGCACCAUUGUGUGCUCGCCCCUUCCAGCCUCGGCCAAGCCGAGCCUCGGCCUGAGGAGUGUGUGACAGCGCAACAUGGGUUACAGCACCGGACUGCGCGUUGUAUUCAGAAGUUGAACAGAACCGUGGCUGGAAAUGAAAUAUGUGAACACUUUGUCCCACGGCCCCCCACAGAGCAAGCUUGCCUCAUUCCCUGCCCCCGGGAUUGUGUUGUAUCUGAGUUCUCACAAUGGUCCGAGUGUAGCAAGGGAUGUGAGAAGCGAUUGCAACACAGAACCCGGGCAGCCAUCGCUCCCCCUCUCUAUGGCGGUUCUCAGUGUCCCAAUCUGACUGAGUCAAGAGCCUGUGACACUCCCGUUUCCUGUCCUCUUGGAGAAGAGGAAUAUACUUUUAGCCUUAAAGUUGGACCAUGGAGUAAAUGUAGGCUGCCUCAUCUUAAAGAAAUUAACCUAAGCGGAAGAACUGUUCUGGAUGUUAGCUCUGAUUCAAAGGAGCGAGUAACCUUUAGACAUCAGAGUUACAAGCCACAUCACCAUUCCAAGCCCUGGGACUUAGAGAUCGGUUAUCAAACUCGGCAGGUCUGGUGCACCAGAAGUGACGGAAAAAAUGCUAUGUUAAGCCUUUGCACACAAGACUCCUUCCCUUUGACUGUCCAGUCCUGCAUCAUGCCGAAAGACUGUGAAACCACUGAGUGGUCGUCUUGGAGCCCUUGCUCCAAGACGUGUCGUUCAGGAAGUCUCUCACCAGGAUUCAGAAGCAGGAGCCGGAAUGUGAAGCACAUUGCUAUUGGAGGUGGAAAGGAAUGCCCUGAACUUCUUGAGAAAGAGGCCUGCAUUGUUGAAGAACUUUUGCAGCCAUGUCCUAGGUAUUCCUGGAGGACCUCUGAAUGGAAAGAAUGCCAAGUCUCUCUUCUCCUCGAGCAGCAGGACCCCUACUGGCCUGUGACGGGACCCGUUUGUGGAGGUGGGAUCCAGACCCGGGAGGUGUACUGUGCCCAGAGCACGCCAGCGUCCACCGCACAGAGGGCCAAGGAAGUCUCUAGACCUGUGAAAAAGACAUUAUGUCUGGGACCUGCCCCUCCAGCCUCUCAGCUCUGCAAUAUCCCCUGCUCUACCAACUGUAUAGUAUCUUCCUGGUCUGCCUGGGGCCUGUGCAUCCAUGAAAACUGCCACGAUCCUCAGGGGAGAAAAGGAUUUAGAAUGAGGCAGCGCCAUGUCCUCAUGGAAUCCACAGGGCCUGCGGGCCACUGCCCUCAUUUGGUGGAGUCUGUUCCUUGUGAGGAUCCAAUGUGUUACCGAUGGCUGAUGUCUGAAGGCGUCUGUAUCCCCGAUCAUGGAAAAUGUGGCCAAGGACAUCGCAUCCUGAAGGCUGUGUGCCAGAAUGACCGAGGAGAAGAUGUAUCAGGGAGUCUCUGCCCAGCAUCUCCUCCUCCCGAAAGGACGGCUUGCGAAAUUGCCUGCCGAAUGGAUUGUGUGGUGAGUGAGUGGACAGAGUGGUCAUCCUGUUCACAGUCUUGUUCAAAUAAAAACGCAGAUGGGAAACAGACCAGAUCAAGGAUUAUACUGGCAUUGCCUGGAGAAGGUGGAAAACCAUGUCCCGCUACUCAGGCCCUCCAAGAAUAUCGUUCAUGUAAUGACCAUUCCUGUAUGCAGCUCUACUGGGAGACAUCGCCUUGGGGCCCCUGUUCUGAAGACACAUUGGUAACUGCCCUUAAUGCAACCAUUGGCUGGAAUGGAGAAGCCACCUGUGGUGUGGGCAUUCAGACACGGAGGGUCUUCUGUGUCAAGAGUCAUGUGGGACAAGUGAUGACCAAAAGAUGUCCAGAUUCCACUCGGCCAGAAACAGUGCGUCCUUGUCUUCUCCCGUGCAAAAAAGACUGUACUGUGACAGCUUUCAGUGAGUGGACGCCCUGCCCAAGGUCAUGCCAACCAGGAAAUGCCACGGUAAAACAGUCUCGAUAUAGGAUUAUCAUCCAGGAAGCAGCCAACGGAGGCCAAGAAUGCCCAGAUACCUUAUUUGAAGAGCGAGAGUGUGAAGAUAUUUCAUUAUGUCCUGUAUAUCGGUGGAAGCCACAGAAAUGGAGCCCUUGUAUCUUGGUGCCAGAGUCUGUCAGGCAGGGGAUAAUGGGCACCAGUGAAGCCUGUGGAAAGGGGAUACAAACAAGAGCGGUCUCCUGCAUCUCUGAUGAUAACCAGUCGGCAGAAAUGAUGGAAUGCCUCAAGCAGACAAACGGCAUGCCUCCCUUUGUGCAAGAAUGCACGGUCCCGUGUCGAGAUGACUGCACCUUCACGGUUUGGUCCAAGUUUACACCCUGUUCCACAGAUUGUGAAACAAUCCGAAGUCGACGGCGACAGCUCACAGGGAAAAGCAGGAAGAAAGAGAAAUGCCAGGACUCUGACCUGUACCCUCUCGUGGAAAUGGAACUAUGCCCUUGUAAUGUAUUUAUAUCUGAACCUUAUGGAAACUGGUCAGAUUGCAUUAUUCCAGAAGGCAGAAGAGAGUCUCAGCGAGGAGGAUUUCGGGUGCAAGGAGAAAGCAAAGAAUGUGGAAAAGGAAUGCGCUUUCGAGCUAUAGCCUGCUCUGAUAAAAAUGGAAGACCUGUUGACCCCUCAUACUGCAGCAGCUCUGGUAAGGAGUACAGAUGGGAACAUACACAGCCCAGGAGGUGUGUCGAUGAGAUCAGGAGUCCAAAAUCUGUUUCUCCGGGUCAAAAUGAAGGUGUCAUCAGGGCUGUGUUCCUUUCAAAGGCGUUAGAAGAUAAUGUGUUUCUUGGCCUCUUCCAGUUUCUAAAGCUGCAUUCCUUGGCUAAUGGCAUUUUCCUGGAUCUUCAAAGCCGGUGGCAUAGGCGCUUGCUUUAG